AUUGUUCGGAGAAGGUUUCAAGAUAGAAGUGUCGAUGUUUAGAUUGAUGAGAGAUGAUCAAAGCAAAUGUGUAUUCAUGUUCAAAGCUUAGAUUUUUAUAUCAUCGGACCUUUUUGAGCGGACCAAGUUUUGUUCAAGAACGAGAUUCUCGGAGUUUAGAUGCGUUUGUCUCAUCACUUAUCGCUUCUAUAAACUCUUGUGUCUCCGUUGACCAGUGUCGUUCGCUUCAUUGUAAGAUAGUGAAGAAUGUGAGUUAUCGCCAUGGGUUCAUUGGGGACCAGCUUGUUGGUUGUUACUUGAGAUUGGGUCAUGAUGUUUGUGCAGAGAAGCUGUUCGAUGAAAUGCCUGAUAGAGAUUUAGUCUCUUGGAACUCGUUAAUAUCUGGGUAUUCAGGGAGAGGAUAUCUGGGGAAAUGUUUUGAGGUGUUAUUGAGGAUGAUGAGAUCUGAGGUGGGUUUGAGACCCAAUGAAGUUACGUGUUUGUCGAUGAUCUCGGCUUGUGUUCAUGGGGGUAGUAAGGAGGAAGGACGUUGCCUUCAUGGGUUGGUGAUGAAGUCUGGUGUCCUUGAGGAAGUGAAAGUUGUGAACGCUCUUAUCAAUUGGUAUGGAAAGACUGGAGAUUUGACUGCGUCCUGCAAAUUGUUUGGGGAUUUGAGUGUAAAGAAUUUGGUUUCGUGGAAUACUAUGAUUGUGAUUCACUUGCAAGAUGGUUUAGCCGACGAAGGUUUGGUUUACUUCAACAUGAGCAGAAGGGUUGGGCAUAAGCCUGAUCAAGCCACGUUUCUGUCUGUUCUCCGUGUCUGUGAAGCCGUCGGGGUAGUGAGAUUAGCUCAAGGAAUUCACGGGCUAAUCAUGUUUUGUGGGUUCAAUGCAAACAAGUGUAUAACUACAGCGUUGUUAGACUUGUAUGCAAAACUUGGGAAGUUGGAGGAUUCGUCUACGGUUUUUCGUGAGAUUACUUCUCCAGAUAGUAUGGCGUGGACCGCAAUGCUUGCUGCUUAUGCCACUCAUGGGUAUGGGAGAGACGCUAUCAAGCAUUUUGAGCUCAUGGUUCACUAUGGGAUUAGCCCUGAUCAUGUAGCCUUCACUCACUUGUUAAAUGCUUGUAGUCACGCGGGUCUUGUAGAAGAAGGGAAGCAUUAUUUCGAGACAAUGUCAAAAAGAUACAGAAUUGAGCCGAGGUUAGAUCACUACUCAUGUAUGGUUGAUCUCAUGGGUCGAUCGGGGCAUCUUCAGGAUGCUUAUGGAUUGAUCAAAGAGAUGCCAAUGGAGCCGAGCUCUGGUGUUUGGGGAGCAUUGCUUGGUGCUUGUAGGGUUUACAAAGAUACCCAACUCGGAACAAAAGCUGCAGAGAGACUGUUUGAAUUAGAACCUUGUGAUGGUAGAAACUAUGUAAUGCUCUCAAACAUCUAUUCAGCUUCUGGUCUGUGGAAAGAUGCUUCAAGAAUAAGGAAUCUGAUGAAACAGAAAGGUCUCGUAAGAGCUUCAGGGUGUAGCUACAUUGAGCAUGGUAAUAAGGUGCAUAAGUUUGUUGUGGGAGAUUGGUCUCAUCCUGAAUCAGAGAAGAUACAGAAGAAGCUGAAAGAGAUAAGGAAGAAGAUGAAGAGUGAGUUGGGAUUUAAAUCAAAAACAGAGUUUGUAUUGCAUGAUGUUGAUGAAGAUGUGAAAGAGGAAAUGAUUAAUCAACACAGUGAGAAGAUUGCAAUGGCGUUUGGGCUUUUGGUGAUUAGUCCAAUUGAGCCAAUUAUCAUAAGGAAGAAUCUUAGGAUUUGUGGGGAUUGCCAUGAAACAGCAAAAGCAAUUUCAUUGAUUGAACAAAGGAGACUCAUUAUUAGAGAUUCUAAGAGGUUUCAUCAUUUCUCACAAGGAUCAUGCUCUUGCAAAGAUUAUUGGUAGUUUCUUAGUUUUUCA